AUGUCCGAACCACUUCUUGCUUCGGGGCGUGCGAGCAGCGAACAUAGCGAUGAUAGUCCUGAGGAGGGACUGCUGAGGAGGGGAUGGAAGAAGCAGCACGGAAAGGCCGCCCGAAAGGGGGACUGGAUUAGGAUCGGCCUAGGGAUGUGGGCUGGUUUGGCGACGCUGGCGGUCAUUGCAGUUGUCUACGCUUGCGUUCCCACCCACGGCGGCAACCGCGAGACCUCGUUCCCCCCGAAAGGAAAGCGGAAUGUGGUGUUCAUGGUGUCGGACGGCAUGGGCCCGGUGUCUCUGACGAUGACGCGGGCGUACCUCCAGCACGUCAAGCACCUCCCCUGGGGCGAUCAGUUGAUGCUCGACAAGAACCUGAUCGGCACGUCGCGGACUCGGUCCACGUCCUCGCUUGUUACGGACUCUGCGGCGGGAGCUACAGCUUUCAGCUGCGGACAGAAGAGCUACAACGGCGCGAUCUCGGUCAUGCCGGAUGGAAGCCCGUGCGGAACUGUUCUCGAGGCGGCGAAGUUGGCCGGUUACAUGACGGGAUUGGUGGUCACUACGAGACUUACCGACGCUACGCCCGCGUGCUUCUCGGCCCAUGUCAACCUGCGCUCUGAGGAGGACCGAAUUGCGGAGCAGCAGUUGGGUGACUACCCUCUCGGCCUGAUGCUGGACCUUGCGUUGGGCGGCGGUCGCUGCCAUUUCCUCCCCAACAGCACCGCUGGCUCUUGCCGCGCCGACGACCGCGACCUGGUCUCUUACGCGAAGGAAAAGCACGGCUUCCAGUACAUCGAUGACCGCGCAGGCUUUGACAGUCUCAAGAAGGGCAAGGCCGCUUCACUGCCUCUCCUCGGCCUCUUCGCGCCAACCGACAUCCCCUUUGACCUCGACCGCAAGGACUCGGAGUAUCCCAGUCUCGACGAGAUGGCCGAGGCUGCGCUCAAUGCCCUCGAAGCCGCGACCAAAGACAGCGAGCACGGCUUUUUCCUCAUGGUAGAAGGCAGCCGCAUCGACCACGCCGGCCACAGCAACGAUCCCGCCGCGCAAGUCCGCGAGGUCCUCGCCUACGACAAGACAUUCGCGCGCGUGCUGAAAUGGGUGGAAUCGCACGACGCGAUCCUAGUCUCGACCAGCGAUCAUGAGACCGGAGGCUUGGCCACCGCGCGCCAGGUCCACGAGACGUACCCAGACUACCUCUGGUACCCGGAGGUCCUUGCAAACGCCUCACACUCGUCGGAGUACCUUGCCGCACAGUACCGCGAGUAUGACCCCUCCACAGCGGGAAAGAACGAGGACGAGUUCAUCCGCACUACGCUGCUCAAGGAGGGCUCUGGAAUCAUCGAUGCCACUGAGGACGAGAUCGAGACGCUCAAGGCGCACAAACUCACCGCAGACUGGGUCUUCUCCGAUAUGAUCUCCCGCCGCGCCCAGAUCGGAUGGAGCACCCACGGGCAUUCCGGCGUCGAUGUAAACAUUUACGGCAGUAAGGGAACCGAGCGUCUGCACGGCAACCACGAGAACAACGAGAUCGGCCAGUUCCUGGCGGACUACCUGGAGCUGGACCUCGUGAAGGUCACCAAUAUCCUGCGCGAGAAGGGAGUUGCCAAGACAGACGAGGGCGAGAAGGGCGAGAAGUACGCGUGGAUGGGAAAGUCCCUAGAGGAGCUCAAGAAGAAUGAUACCGACGCCCUGCACUUUCAUACCGAUCAGCUAGAUCAGUACCAUGGCGUGUUUAAGAGGUGUUUGCAUUAA